AUGAGCGCGGCAUUGGCUAACAUGUGCAAGGCUAUCAACAACGCCAGUAGGGCAGGAAAAAGACAGCUCCUUUUGAGGUUUUCGACAGAAGAAAUGCGCAAGUUUCUUUUUCAGAUGCUGAAAUAUGGCUAUAUCUCAGGGUUUUCUCACAUACAUGACAAGAGAAAUGGAAAAAGCAUCAUCGACCUGAAUGGCAGGCUCAACAGAUGUGGAGCCAUCUCCCCUAAUUAUAUAGUCAAAAGAAAUGGAAUUGAGAACUUCAGGGCAAGACUCCUGCCUGCUAGGCAGUUCGGGCACGUCCUGUUCAACACAUCAAAGGGCAUUCUUGACCAUAAGGAGUGCUUGGAAGAAAAUGUCGGUGGGAAAAUCCUUGGGUAUUUCUAUUAA